AUGAUAUCCUCCAAAGGGCCCCUUCUGGUGUUGUUUUCUCUCCUGCGCGCAAUUUCUGCCCAGGAUGCUGCUGGCUCCGUGACGACGCUCACAACGGUCAUAGACGUACCGGCGGGCUCUUCGGUAGCCGCUAGUGUCUAUUUCGUUCCUAUCUCAUCACUGGAAGCCACUCCAAGCGUGUCUCUAUCGAACCAACCGAGCGAGUCACCCACGAGCACCCCUGUCCCAGCAGAAAGUGAUCCGCCCUCUCCCACCUCACCGGCGUAUACUCCUCCGACCGCGACAAACUCGCGAAAUACUUCUCCAUCAACCUCGUCAGGUACUGCGGCAAGUCCGACAAACCGAGUUUAUAUCGGCGCGUCUGGGGAUCGCGGCGAUAGCAAGUGGUGGCUGUGGCUGACCCCCCCUGAUGACCCUGAUGACAGCAACAACUUGAAUCAAAUCUGCAACGAUCCUGCGAUGUGGUGGGGGCCAUCCGUGGACGAGACCAAAGACAGCGAUGUUGUUCCGCUUCCUCCGACCUUGAACAUGGAUGAUGGAACAUGGUCAAUGAACAAUCCCAUCCAGAAUGUGAUGGCGAGUUGCAAAUACACAGCGGCCGGCGACAACUCACCUUACCCGGGAACUUUUAUGUGCCCUCACUGGACCAGAAAAGUCUUCUGCACCACGAAAUUUGACGGCCAGGCUGAAGAAUGUGGGAAUACCGCUCGCCCUGCUGUAAAGUGUGAAUGGGGUUCCUCUGGCACAGCUCUGAGCUGGCCUUCCGGCUGGCCUCAAUAUUGA